GUACUACUUGAUCAGAUAUCGCUUGGCUGGAGGAAAAAGAGGAAAGGGGCUGUUCAACGCGCUGGAAGAUGUCUCUUUGGAUGAUACUGCCUGUUAGCCUCCCAGUGCUGACCAUCACUGGGAUCUGGGUUGUGUACGCCAUGGCCUUGUACAAUCAGCAUGUCUGCCCUGUGGAUAACUGGUUGUACAACCAGUCCUGUGAAGAGGAGCUGUAUUUGCAGAGCGGCCCGUCUCUGUGCUGCACACUCGACAAUGUACCUCUCAUCAGUAAAUGUGGGACCCUUCCUCCCGAGAGCUGCUUCUUCAGCCUUAUCUGCAGCACCGGCUCAUUCAUGGUUAUGGUGAUCGUGCUGCUCCGCUACGCCCACGUCAUCGAGAAACAUCAGAACUGUGUUCUCAACACAGCGAGUCUGUCCACAGGCUGGAUCUGUGCCGCCGGACUCAUCAUGGUGGGAAACUUCCAGGUGGAUAAUGCCAAAGUCCUCCACUAUGUCGGAGCCGGCAUCGCCUUCCCCACCAGCAUGCUGUUCGUCUGCCUGCAGUCGGCGCUGACCUACCGGCUGGCCAAGACCCAGGGGGAGUACAACUUGGCCCACCUCCGGCUCUGCAUGACCCUGCUGGCCUUCGUGGCCCUGGUGCUCAGCGGCGUGUUCUUCUGCCAGGAGAGCUUCGUCCUGCAGCACGCGUCGGCCAUCUUCGAGUGGGUCUUCUGCGUCAUCGUCAUGCUGUUCUACGGGACGUUCGCCUUCGAGUUCGCCGGCAUGUCGGGAGACACCAUGGUGGUGCUGGCCCGCGGAGGCUCCCUGGGACCCGCCGGCAGGGAGCACAAGGUGGACACGCUGGCCGCGUCGCUCGGCCAGCUGCACCCCCACCAGCCCGAGAACGUCUCCAUCAUGUAGCCCCCCCGGCGCGUCUCCCCCGCCACACAGUUGCCUUCGUCGUUCCUCGCAAACUCUGGCUGUGGAAUCAGUUUUUAAUUAUUCAUUUUCGGCCACAGUCGCCUGAAGCUUUGAGGUAAAAA